AUGUCCUCCUUCGCUAAUAAAGAAAAACCUGACGUAUUGGUUCUAUUUGAUGUUGACGGUACUUUAACCCCAGCCCGUUUAACCAUUUCAGAUGAAGUUAAGGAAACCUUGAAGGCUCUCAGAAAGAAGGUUGUCAUCGGUUUUGUUGGCGGUUCAGAUUUAUCAAAACAAGUUGAACAGCUAGGUCCUACUGUCUUGGCUGACUUUGACUACUGCUUCUCUGAAAAUGGUUUAACCGCAUACAAACAUGGUGAAGAAUUGGCCACACAGUCAUUCAUCAACUGGAUUGGCGAGGAGGAAUACAACAAGUUGGUUGUGUUUGCCUUGAAGUACUUGUCUUCCAUUGAAUUGCCAAAGAGAAGAGGUACCUUUAUUGAAUUCAGAAAUGGUAUGAUUAACAUUUCCCCUAUCGGCAGAAACGCUAGUACCGAAGAAAGAAAUGAGUUCGAAGCUUACGACAAGCAGCAUCACAUCAGAGCUAAGUUUGUUCAAGCAUUGAAACAGGAAUUUUCACACCUGAAAUUAACUUACUCUAUUGGUGGCCAAAUCUCUUUUGAUGUGUUUCCAACUGGUUGGGAUAAGACCUACUGCUUGCAGCACGUAGAGAAGGAGGGCUUCAAGGAGAUCCACUUCUUCGGUGACAAGACAUUUGAGGGCGGUAACGACUGGGAAAUCUACAACGAUUCUAGAACUAUCGGACACUCCGUUUCCUGUCCAGAAGAUACUGUCAAGAUCUUGAAGGAGCUUUUCGAUUUGUAA